UGUGUCAAAGUGAACGCACGUCGUAAUAAUUUGCAAUAAAACCAUUUUGUAAUGAGUGAAAUUGACACAGACAAACUUAUUAAGGCUGUUAAAGCCCGCCAGGGGUUGUACAACAAGAAUGACACACUGUACUACAGCCAUAAGAAGUACAAGACGAAAAUGUGGACGGACGUUUGUCGGGAGGUGUAUUCGAAUUGGGACCAACUGCGGCCUCAAGAUAAGGUCGAAUAUGCGCACGAACUUCAAAAACGCUGGAAGAGUCUACGUACCUGUUUCACGAGAGAACUAGCAUUGCAGAAGAAGGAGAAAAUGAAAAGAGACGCCAACGAGGGUCCUUUCAAAAGGAGGAAGAGAUACGAAUAUUUCAGCCAGCUAACGUUUCUGUUGAAUCCGGAGGCCAUCGAGGAAGCGGAGGUACCGGCGGAGUCCGACGAUGAAGGAUCAGACCCACUAGAGGGUCACAUAAAAGCGGAAAGCUUCGAAUACCACGAUCCAGGUGAUUCGAGAAACAAUGUAGACACUAAUGAUAGUAUACCCCUUCAGCAAACUUUGUAUGAAAGAAAUAAUACUGUGGAAGAAAAGAUAUUAGAUAUGUUGAGAGAUAUAAAGCGGGACGAAGUUGAUGAGGAUAGACAGUUCAUGCUCUCUUUGGUGCCAAGUUUUAAAAAGUUGAAUGACAAACAAAAGUUUGAAGCCAGAAUUGAAAUGUUGAAAGUAUUAAAGAAUAUCAGUUUCCAAGAACAGUGAUAUAAGUUAAUUGGUGAUUUAGAAGAGUACCAGACUUACCAGAGGGAGACUUUGUACAAAAGUCAAUUGCUUGGAUACCUCUGUCUUAUUCGUGUUUCCGCCGUGAAGCAGUUGUGUUUGCAUGGCUGUGUUUUCGGUUUGAAGGGUGGGAUAUGGCAGUGAAUUUACAGGGUACAGAGGAAUAACAUCUGAGUCCUCAGAAAUGGCAACGCAUGGGGGUAAUAUGGGCGAAACUGUAUAUUGUUAUUUCCAUGCUACUGCUCAUGUCUAUAGGCGACACUUUACCCACUUUAUACCACUUUCCAUCAGGUGGGCCGUCAGCUUGUUUGCCAUUCUAAGUUGUAUAAAAAAAAACUUCUAUGGGAUCAAUCUGUAAGUAUAUCCUUUCAGAUAAAAAGAUUUUUACCAAUCGGUGUAAACCUGACGGAGGUAUGAGAUAACAAAGAAUUGAAUUGGGAACUUCCUUCUUUUUGAAGACGGUAAAAAUGAAGUUUAUUGUUUUUGGUUGUGUAGAGAGGUUUUUCAAACGACUUGCAAAAUCGGAAGGGUCUUAUGUCGGUUAUAUUUUUUUUAUGUUUGUUGCUUUAUUACUCCGUUAGUUUUUUUUAGUGGGUGAUAAUUUUAUGGUAACCCCACCCGCGCUCUCGGUAUACACCGGCGGGGCACCAGUGAAGGAUAUUAGGUGAAGAUAAAGCAGGUCAGUUAGCCUAUCGUGACGAAUUGAACAAGAAUUGUUCACGAUGGUUUCCAGAAGGAACCACGUGGAGGUCGAUCUAAUAGGGUAUAUUGCUAGCAAUGGGGCUGUCAAACUCCAUUGCUAACAAUCUCUUUCCUUCCUUACUCCGUCAGUUGGAAACCGAUUUGGAAAAUACUUUUUUUAUCUGAAUAGAUAUAUAGCCUAAGCGUUCACAGCAGAACGUUUAUGUUUCUUACCUCAUAACUCUGUCAGUUGUAAACUGUAUAUUCUUUUUUUAUCUGAAAGGACAUACUUACAGAUACUUACCAUAUCUUACUUACCAUUAAAAUUUUAUCAAAAUCGGUUCAGUGGUUUAGUUUUGAUAUCACAAUAACAGGUUUUGCCACAGUUUAAAUCAGUUUGUUUUUUGUGAAACAAAAUUUUAAUUUUUGUUAAGAAAAAAAUAUUCGGGGAAAAAGUGCAUUGAACUUUUAGCAACGAUUUUGCAAAUCUUGCAUUGUUAUUAUUUGUAUUACUUGGUUGAGCGGGGUCCUUUUUUAAUGGGUCAUAAUGAAAUAGUAACCCCGCCUGCGCUAUCGGUAUACGCUGGCGGGGCACCAAUGAGGAAUGACAGGUGAUGAUGAAAGCAGGUCAGUUACUCCAUCGUGAAAAAUUCCACGAUAAUUUCCAUGGGGAAUUGUGUGGAGGUCGACCUGAUAGGGUACUUUUCUAGCAAGGGUGCUGUUAGACCCCAUUACUAACAAUUCCUUAUCCCCCCGGUUGACCAGGUCAGUUAUCUCAAAUUUUCUUGUUAUUUGGUUUUUAAACUUAGAAACUCCUUUGUGAAUUGCGAUUGUGAUAAUAAAUCGAAGAUUAAAAAUAUGCAUAAUAUUAAUUUUAAUUAAGACAUUGAUAUACUCUCUCGCCGUGUGGUCCCGGCAUAGAAUAGGCCACCCCAUCCUUUCGCGUGGGUGUCGUAAGAGGGACUAAGGGAGGGCGAGGGACGGGCAGCAGCGUCCCUCUUAAAACAUCUCCAAAGCCUAACUGCGGUUACCAAUCCAUCUGCCAAGCAUGGCAACUACUGGCAAAACCCCCCAUGGGGGAGGCUUAUGUUCAGCAGUGGACAGUUAAAGGCUGGUAUGAUGAUGAUGAUGAGAUUGAUCUUAUUGUUUGUGACGCAUGAAUUGCGUAUUUAUUUUUUAAAUAUUCGAGUAACCUCAAAGGAAAAUUAUGUAAGUGAGAGCUAGUACAAGUUAUUAUAAUGCAGUAUGUAUGAUAUUUGCUAUUAAAG